AUGGCUUACACGACGCUAUGGCGGACGCUCUCGCCCCGCCAGCUUAAUCUCGCUAUCCAAACCUUCUCGCUUAUCUCCAUCUUCUUCGAGGGCUACGAUCAGGGCGUCAUGGGUGGCGUUAACGCCUCGCCCACCUAUGUGACCCUCGUCGGCAUCGGCAAACCUGACGGGACGAUUACGAACACCACGCAUCAGGGAGGCAUUGUCAGUGUGUACUACUUGGGGGCGAUUUUCGGCUGCUUUGCUGGAGGGUGGCUUGCAGAUCGAGUUGGACGCAUCAACGGUCUACUGGCUGGAUCCUUGUUUGCUCUGGUGGGAGGAGCCCUGCAAUCGGCCGCACAGAAUUCCAAUUUUAUGAUCUGUGCUAGAGUGGUAACCGGCAUUGGCACCGGUGCUUUGACCGGUAUCACCCCUGUCUUGGUCUCUGAAACCUCAGCCGCCAACCAUCGGGGCGGCUUCCUCGGUUAUGUAUUUAUUGCCAACUAUCUAGGAAUUUCGGUUGGGUAUUGGCUUGCCUUUGGCCUCUCAUUUGUCCACGAUGGGUACUCGGGUGUUCGGUGGCGGUUUCCGCUGGCUUUCCAGUGUUUUCCAGCGUUGAUCCUGGUCCUGUUUAUCAAGAUGUUGCCAGAUAGCCCCCGUUAUCUGGCCUCGGUAGGUCGGAAAGAAGAAGCUCACGAUCUACUGAGGCGGUUACGUAAAGAUCGAUCGAGCGCGGACGAGAUCGAUCGGGAAUAUUUGGAGAUUGUGACCACUGCAGAAGGCAGCAAGCCAAGCUCGCCGCUCCAAUUUGCGAAGAUUCUACUCGGAAUGAGUGGGCGGCCCGGCACGAACUUGGGCCGUCGAGCAUGGCUGUGUAUGUGGCUUCAGAUCAUGGCUUCUUGGACGGGUAUCACGGCUGUCACUGCUUACGCCCCUGUUCUUCUUGAGGAGGCGGGCUACAGUGAGAUAAAACAGAACGCUCUAGCAGGAGCUGUGAAUACAAUUGGGAUUCUCGGCACCAUCAUCAGUGCCCAAAUUAUAGACCGCCUCGGCCGUCGAGCCUGCCUCAUAGGGGGAGCUGCCCUUCUGUUCGCGGUAAACUUGAUCGCCGGUGCUUUGUACGAAGUUUCGCUUUUCCAUCAACCCGACAAGGCGGCUCAGUAUGCUCUUGGCGCCAUAACGAUGCUGUUCCUGUUUAACUUAGGUUAUGCUGCCACUUGGGGUACCGUUGCUUUUUUAGUACCCACGGAGAUCUUCCCGAGUGACCUGAGGGCCCAGGGCAACGGGUUCGGGAUCACUGGCUGGGCCAUUGGCGUGGGAAUGACCACUCUUGUCAACCCUAUCAUGUUUGGGGGCAUACGCAGCCGUACCUAUUUCCUCUUUGCUGGGCUGAAUUUGCUCUGGAUCCCCAUUGUCUUUCUCUUCUAUCCUGAAACCCGCAACCGCUCUCUCGAGUCCAUCGAAGGCCUCUUCUCAACUUCCAGCCCCUUCCACUGGAGAAUGGAAGAAGCCUAUAAGCUUCACGGCGACGUUCUGGCAGAGCACGGAGUCACCAAACGCGAAUCUUUCAGUGCCGACAAAUCCGAACACACCAAAUGA